AUGUCACUACCAUUUUCCCUUCUCUUUUUCAUCCUCUUAGCACCAUUACUACUUCUAGCUCAAUCUCCAUCUCCUUCUUCUUCUCCUUCUCCUUCUUCUUCCGCUGCGUGCAAAGCGACAUUGUAUCCCAAACUAUGUCGCUCGAUGUUAUCCACCAUCCGAGCAUCGACUUCAGAUCCAUACAACUAUGGAAAAUUCUCCAUAAAACAAAACCUUAAACUAACAAAAAAACUAUCAAAAGUAUUUCUCGAUUUCCUCAAUCGCCACCAAUCAUCAUCCUCUUUAAACCAUGAAGAGUUUGGUGCAUUAGUGGAUUGCAAAGACCUUAACCAACUCAAUGUAGACUACUUAGAAUCAGUCUCAGAUGAACUCAAAUCAGCCACUAGUUCAUCAUCAUCAUCAGACACCGAACUUGUCGAUAAAAUCGAAAGCUAUCUCAGUGCUGUUAGUACUAAUCACUACACUUGCUUUGAUGGGUUGGUUGUGACCAAAAGUAACAUUGCUAAUGUUCUUGCUGUUCCAUUGAAAGAUGCUACACAGUUUUAUAGUGUCUCACUUGGAUUGGUUAGUGAUGCUUUGAAUAAACACAUGAAGAGGAAUAAGACACGCAAACAUGGUCUUCCUAAUAAGUCAUUCAAAGUUAGACAACCACUUGAGAAGCUUAUUAAGCUUCUCCGGACAAAAUAUAGUUGCAAGAAAACAUCAAAUUGUACAAAUACAAGAAGUGAAAGGAUUCUUAAACAAAGUGAAAGCCAAGGAAUUCUCUUAAACGAUUAUGUGCUAGUGAGUCCUUAUGGAGAUGCCAACCACACUUCCAUUGGAGAUGCUAUUGCUGCUGCACCAAAUAACUCAACUCCACAAGAUGGUUAUUUUCUUAUCUAUGUUAGAGAAGGUUACUAUGAAGAGUAUGUCAUUGUUCCUAAAGAAAAGAAGAAUAUUCUUCUUGUUGGAGAUGGUAUCAACAAAACAAUCAUCACAGGGAACCAUAGUGUCAUUGAUGGUUGGACAACUUUCAAUUCUUCCACCUUUGCUGUUUCUGGAGAAAGAUUUAUAGCAGUGGACAUUACAUUCAGAAACACAGCAGGUCCUGAAAAACAUCAAGCAGUAGCGGUAAGAAGCAACGCGGAUCUCUCGACAUUCUACCGAUGCAGCUUCGAAGGAUAUCAAGACACACUCUAUGUUCAUUCAUUAAGACAAUUCUAUAGAGACUGCAAAAUCUAUGGAACCGUCGACUUCAUAUUCGGCAACGCAGCUGUAGUUUUCCAGAACUGCGACAUCUAUGCUAGAAAGCCACUUCCAAAUCAGAAAAAUGCUGUCACAGCACAAGGAAGAACUGAUCCAAAUCAAAACACUGGAAUCUCAAUCCAAAACUGCACCGUUGAUGCUGCACCUGAUUUGGCUGAUGACUUGAACUCAACAUUGAGUUACUUAGGUAGACCAUGGAAGAUUUAUUCAAGAACUGUUUAUAUGCAAUCAUACAUCGGUAGUUUUGUUGAUCCUUCUGGUUGGUUAGAGUGGAACGGAACACUUGGAUUAGACACUAUUUUUUACGGCGAGUUUGAUAACUAUGGACCUGGUUCUUCAACUGAUAAUAGGGUUCAAUGGCCUGGAUAUUUUCUUUUGAAUGAUACUCAAGCUUGGAAUUUCACUGUUCUUAACUUUACUUUGGGAAAUACUUGGCUUCCUGAUACAGAUAUACCUUACACCGAAGGAUUACUAAACUAA